GGUUGAGAGCUGAGCGCGUGCAGCAAGGCUCGAGUCCUUCACUCGUCAGUUAACAACCACCGAGGUCACCGGGAGGAGUGGACGAACAACCGGGUGCUGGAGCGGAGGCAGUGAGAGAACCUGAAAAUCUCUUUGAGGUUAAAUCUCCUCUGCUGUCGUCCUCAGCGGAUCCGGUGGAAUGUCGGCGAGCGCCAAGCCGUUGCCAAGUCAUGGGUAGAGCGCUGCCAAAAUGACACACGAGACCCUGACAAGCUCCCAGUUGUCUCUCAAGGCCGCAGCUUUGCGAAUGGUUGACCUACCGCUGUCCGUCUACAGCUCCCUGACACAGCUGAGCGUCAGCACCAGCACCAAGAAACUGGUGGCCGCCACAACCUUCGGGACCAUCUCGCUCCUCCUCCUCGCUCGCCGCUUUCAAAGGAGGAAGGGCAGGAAGAAGGGCCAGUCGCCUCAGUGGGAUCAGGUUGAGUUUGAGUUCGUCUCCCCGACGGCCGCAGAAAAUGAUAACACCAGCCAAAACAUCAGUGUCACCUUCAGCUCCAAGAAUAGCUGCUCAGCUGGAUCUGGGCUGGUUCUGACCACAAGAGAUUACAGAAAACUGUCCGGGUCUCUGAUGAGCCUUGCCUCGGUAAAAAGUAUGAACUCAUCCAGCAGCAGCACCUGUGCAAACGAAUCCAUCGGUUGGGAUGGAGGGACAGACGCCGAUGUGUGCAGCGUCGUCAACCUGUCUAUCACCACACCUGAAAAUCUCUACCUGAUGGGCAUGGAUUUGUUUGAGGAGGCGCUGCAGCACUGGGAGGAAGCGCUGACGUUCAGGACCAGACAGGGUGACGACGACGCGAGCUGCAAAUCUGUCAAGACGGGAGCCGGAGAUGCAAUCGCUGAGCAGAGCAUGGAGGAUGUAAUCAGCGCGGAGUUUAUCCACAGGCUGAAGUCUCUGCUGCAGCGGGCUUAUCGCCUGCAGGGGGAGUUUGAGGGCGUGCUCGGCAUGUCGGAGCCUUCGUCCCGCAGCAGCAGCAGCCAGGAUCAAACGGCGGACCUUCUGGCCAGAGAGGAGCUGGACGACGUCUGCCUGAGAGACAGCAUCAGCAUCGCUUCCAACGACUCCUUUGUGUCGGCAGCUGAGCUGUCGGAGCACAGAGAUCUGAGGAACACUUUUCCUCUCGGACAUCAUCCUUUUUAUGAGGAGGCGCUGCAGAUGGCUGAGGAGGGCAAAAUCUCCUGCAGGGUGCUUCGAACUGAGAUACUGGAAUGUCUUGGUGACUUGGAUUUCCUGGCAAAGCUGCACUGCGUACGGCAGGCAUGCGAGCUCAUUUUGAGUGACAGGGCUACCAGGAUGUUUCUUGCUGACACUGGAAAGAAAAUCUUGUCUUCCAUUGUAGUCAAAGCCCAAAAAAAUCCAAAGCGAUUUGAGGAAGUGUUUGAGGAGCUGAUUGUCUUCCUGGAGCAUUCGGAUCAUUGGGAAGACACAGAGCUGGAACUGGCUUCACGAGGGGUUAGGCAUCUGAACUUCUAUGACGUUGUUCUGGAUUUCAUCCUGAUGGAUUCCUUUGAGGACCUGGAAAAUCCUCCCAUCUCAAUCCAGAACGUGAUCAACAACCGCUGGCUCAACAGCUCCUUUAAAGAGACGGCGGUGGCGUCAAGCUGUUGGUCAGUACUGAAACAGAAGAGACAGCACAUGAAGGUGUCCAAUGGCUUCAUUGCUCAUUUCUACGCCGUGUGUGAACAGAUCAGCCCCGUCCUGGCCUGGGGCUUCCUGGGCCCAAAGAGCUCCCUGCACGAGUUCUGCUGCUUCUUUAAGGACCAGGUGCUUCACUUCCUGAAGGACGUCUUUGACCUGGAUAAAGUCCGUUACUCCUCAGUGGAGAUGCUGGCGGAGGACAUGCUGCACCUUCUGCACCGCCGCUCCGACCUGCUGCUGGCCUACCUGGGAGCCGAUGCCCUGCGGCCGCUCAGCGGCUGCAGCGGCCCGCAGGUGCAGCUGGUGCCCAGCGCGCUGCUGGAGGCGCAAGUACAGUAAGCGGCCACACGCCCAGUCCACCAGCCGUUGGACCAAAGAAAGUUAUUUUCUCUGACUUUUCCAAACCAUGAGGGGUAAAAUGGACCGUCUGAAAUCAUAGUGUUUGCUUUUGUGGAUCGGUCUGCCUUCAUCGUCGUCUGAUGUGGCCUACUCCACGUUCACAGUGCCAUAUCACUCUUAGCCGGCGGUGCACCGAUCCCAGUUUUCUGCCUGAAGAUUCCGAUUGGGCCGAUACAGACUUUCUUUUGGUCUGAAAUGUUGCCCCUUCACCUUCUUGAAAUUAAACAAAAUUGGUGUCAGAUGUUUGUACUGCUAUCAUUCUGACGUUAACGUUUCCAGAGGUUAUCAAAGGUCAACCAGCCUGUCCACAUUUACAACAUCAAACGAAAUGUGGUGGCAAUCAACUAAGCCACGUUUGUGCGGCAAUAUUUUUUAGUUGUGCUGCUGAUAUUUUGAAGAUAUUAAUAAAUGUUGUCACAGAUUAACCAGCCUGUCCACAUUUAUAAAAAUCAAACAAAAUGUUUUAAAUCAACUGUGCUGUUUUUGCAGCAUAUUAUUUUGUUUUUAGCAUUAAAAUAAAGUUUCCAACUUAUUUUUCUGUAAGAAUGUAUUUUUUCCUCAUUUUGCUGGUCAAUAUGCAACACAUCAAACUAUAUAUGUGAAAUUCAAUGAAUAAAGAUUGUGAAUUAAAAAGAAGAAAGUUUCCAAAAGCCACCAGAUUCUAACAAAAUUUCUAUAAAUUAACGUUGCUAUGUAAAGUUUAUUAGCACAGUUAAUUAACAAAAUGUGUUUGUUAAUGUGGACUGGCUGAUUGACCUCUGGAAACAUUUAUUGGGGUCUUUAAAAUGUCAAAAUUGUUGCAGCACAAAAGUUUGAUGGUGAUUUUGUUUAAUUUGAACAAGAUCAGGAGGCAACUUCAGUCGGGUAAUGCUGCUAAAUAUAGAAAGAAAGUUUGCAACAGCAACCUUCAAUAAGAUCGGCUUCAUAUAAAUAUCGGCCGAUCACUGAUCUCCCAAAAUCAAGGCAAUCGGUCUGAUUUAUCGGUGCACCGCUACUCUUAGCAAUAAUGUGUAGUUUUAACCUGAGAAUAAGUGUUGCGCUUUGUAAAAUGAAGUUAUAUUUAUUGCGGUUUAUUUGACACUAAAGAGAUACAUAGCCAUAUUUAUUUCAGUAGAAAGCCAAAAAUGUUUGUUUUGUAGAUGUUUCAGUUGUCUGUAAGAGCUUCAAACACUGUAGGCUUUAUCACAUUUAUUUAACACCAACAAUGCAAUAAUAUUAGACGUAUUUGCUGCUUAGGCGAGCCUCUUGAAAAGGAAUCGUUUCCUUCCGACGCAGAAACUCUAAAACCUUCGUGUGUUAACUUGAAGCUGUGAGCUUUUACGCAACUUGUGCCACUCCUUUUUUAAUACAAGCACAAGAAGCCUUAACAUGAAAGCAAUUACUCAUCAUCCGUCACUGUCGGCUUAAAUGUAUUUUCACAGUGUGGCGUGCAGAGAGAGGUUUCACUGAAACACAUGGAAAUGUAUUCAAAGUUGCUGUAAAUCGUUAUUUUGGGAAAUUAAAUGUUAUUCUAACAAGCCUGACUUUAAACAUCCCACACCUCAUGAUGUAGAGUAACGAAGCAGCUUCUUUAAGCCAAAAUUAUUCACAAUAAUGUAAAGAAAUUUCUGGUAAAUGUGUGUAAAAGUCUUUAGCUUUCAAUGUGUGCAUGAAAAUAAUUGACAAUUUUUUGCCACUUAGGGUGUUAAUAAUUCAAAGACCAGACAUUUCCCAAUAUGGCAGCACUGUGUCUUCCCUUAUUCCCUGCAAAAAUAAAAUCUUAAAGUAUUUUUGGUCUAGUGUACCAAGAUAUUGACUCUAGAAACUAAACUCUAGUUUCUAGAGUCAAUAUCUUAGUACACAUGAAAUGAGACAAAACUAACUUACAACUAACUUCUCAGAAAUAAAUAGGAGCUUGUUUAGAAUCAAUUUCUUAUUGACAAAAGUUCCAGUUUCAUUGGCAGAUUGAUCUACUUAUAUCAAGACAUUUUUCUCAUGUGAAUGAAAUAAUCUGCCAAGACUUAGUGAUUUUUAAAUCAAUAUUAAGGAAUUAUUCAUUUAAAACGAGCAGUUUUGUUGUAAAGUUACUUUUAAGUCGUCUUAUUUCAGUUGCAUUAAGAUAUUUGCAUUACAAUCUAGACAAAAAUACUUGGUAAGGUUUUGUGUUUUUGCUGUGUAGAGACAAACGUGAGCUUAAAACUGAUGGAAGGCCCAUAAAAGGUGCAAAUCGGUUUUAUAGCAUGAAUGUACACAAAGUUUAUUAAAAUUCUGUAAAGCAAUCAAGUAUUUGCAAAAAAUGAAAUUUAAAGACUUUUUGCACAUUUGAACAGGUUUAAAAAAAAUAAAAUAAAAACUGGAUUGUCUUGCAACAUUGCGAAGGAUUUGAGCUUCAUGUUUUAUUUCAGUCUGCAGGAAUUUGAUCUAGAAGUCAAAUAUUUCCUGUUUUUGUGCAAAUUCCCUUAAUAGAAAUUUAUUAAUGGGGUGUUUACUGAUUUGUGGAAAAACUGUAUUUUGUGUAAAUGAAGCAAAUAAAGACUUAAGAAAAAAAAAGUAAUUUUCUUUUAUUCAAACACAAAUUCCUGUUUUAAAAAUUAAACUCAAGCAGAUAAAUCCCGUUUGUAACAACUUUAUUGGUGAACAUGGCAACAUAUUAAAGGUAAUUGAAAAGACAACCCAGUAAUGUAAUAUACACAGCACAUGAAACCUGUUUUACCUCUAAGGCAUGCUUCUUGUUUUGUCCUCUACAACCCCUGUGUUCAAACACUUUAGUGCAUCUCAGUCUAAAACAAUUAAAAACCUUUUUUAUUUAUGUAUUUAUUUACUACAAAUAAAAACUGAUAACCUCCAACUUUUCUGCCUAAAACACUGUAUGGGUCAUUUAAAGUUUCAGUUCCUGCUCUCAUCCAACUUUCUAAAGCUUAAAAAAAGAGGUACAUUUAUAAAUAAAGGCAUUCAGAAACAACCUCUAAACACACUAUAGCAUCAUGAAUGAUUAAAAGUCAGCCCAGGGUGGCAAAAACAAAUCAAAUCAAUCUGAGCAACAAUUUGCAAUCACAGAAUUUAAAUUUCAUUGCGUUUGCUGCUUUACCUUAUCACUGGAGCUCUUGAACGGUCUACGUUCAGCAGCUGGACUGACUCAAAGGAUUCCUCCUUUUGGGGUAGGGGGGGGAAGACAAACUACGACACGGCCUGAUUUUACGACCUAAAGCCUGCAGCAUCCUCCAACACUGUGAGCAAGAAGUGAAGGCAGCAGCGUUUCAAUAGAAGGUUUGCACUGCACUUUAGGGCAGAUUUACACCACGACAGAAAAUAAUUCAGAGAACAAAUAAAUAAUAAUAAAAAUGCAUUUCACCGAUUAUUCCACCUGACAUUUGAGCACAUUGCUAACUUCUGGCAACAGCGUAGCAUGCAUUUCAUUAAAACCCAGUGUCAACCUAAAGGUAUCUGUGAGAAACAGUAGACUUACCAGAAGGAAAAUAUGGAGCACAUAUUGACAAACAUUUCGUAUUUUUUGGAAGGCAACCAUCAAAACAAGUGAUAACAACUCAUCAUGCAGUUCAUGAAUCAAAAAGGCUAAUAAAAUAAAAUAAAAGGACUGCUCAGGUGUAAAUAUUAGGCACAAUUCUUUACAACUAAAUAUAAACGCAUUGAGGCAUGUUAACACCACAGGUAAGCAUUUCUUUGCAUGAGUACACGUCAUUUUCAGAGGACAAAAAUAUACUUGUUCCCUUAGGUUUCGCUUACCUGUGUUAAUGCGGCAGAACCUAAGGUGCAAGGUCUGGAAUGACACUGCAAAGAUCAGAUAUAUAUAUGUAUAUUGCACUGUUUGCCAUCAGUGAACAAUGCAGUCAAAUAUUGUUCCGACUUCAGUUCAACAGCCUGGCAGGACUGAUCCGUCCACAACUAGCAUCCACAUGCUUAAAUGGGACAUGCUAUGAACUUUCUUUACAAGUACUGGCAUUGAACAGCAUUUCUUUUUGGUUAAAUAAUAAAUAUGAGCUAACAAAAGCACUCAACAGGUCAGAUGUAAAGAACGCAAAACCCAGACUUCUACCCUCGUAUCAGAAAAUCCAUCACUACACAUUCUAAACAAAUCAUACUUUCAGUUCUACAAAUCUAAAUUAUGCAAGUCACAAGUCUCAGAACCAUGUGGCACAAGAAUCAAACUCAACUUUUUGCCUCUUUUCAGAACAUUUCAUACUUACCCAGAUAAAAAAAAAGGGGGAAAGGGGGGUAAUUUCUCACAAAAUCUACAUUUUUAGCAGUUUAGAAAGCAUAAAAAAGUGCAUUUCUUAGUUUUGUACUUACAUUACAGGAGGGCUCAACUGAUGGAUGGAGCUGCUGCUUAGCCACCCCCGACCCUACAACAUCUAUGCUUUUAUAUUGGAUAAACACUUUGCAAUGUUUUUAUGGAAUAUAUAAACUUCACUGAAAGUUAAAAAUACAAAAUUGGGAAUGGGCAAGACAAAAAUAAAAAUAAAAAUAAGCUUCAACACACUUUUGUUUCAUACAGUGGCAAAUUUACCUGACUGUCCUGGAAAAAGGAAAAGUAAAAAUGACACUAAAAAUAUAACAUUUCUUGAGACCACAUUUUCUGAGGGACGUGUUCAGAUUACCUGCUUACCACAUUAUUUAGCUUUUUUCUAAACUUUCCUGUGGAAGAGGAAGUGGCUAUCAGGGGCAAAACAGCAGUGCAUAACAACAACUAGCUCAACAGCGACGCCACACAUACCUGUCAAUUCAAGAGCAUCUACAGCUACAGUCAGCAAUUUCAAUGUUUAAAAAAAAAAAAAAAAACAAUUUCUAAUCAGCAAAUGAAUCAUUCAGGAUCACGUUUCUCAGCCUUAUAGACAAGUUGGAGAGAGACAGGACAGCACAACUUCAAAGUCAAUUUUUAUAGGACAAACCCACACAUUGCCUACGUUUCAAACAGGUAAUACAAAACAAAGAAUAGCAUUUAAACCCUUUUUUUAAUGUAUGUUUGUUUUGAACCACCCCAACUUACCAACACAGGAGGUUUCAGUUUGUUUUAUUGCAAAAACACAACAGGCAAUAGCAUUUUUUCUUUUUCUUUUUUUAAAACUGAGAUGAUUUACAUGGUAAUGGCUACAGUUUAAUAAACAUGAGUUCUAACCACAUUUAAUGUAGAUACAGGGCUGGAAUGACUGUAUGUAUAAUUACCUUUACUAAAAACAUAGCAUUUACAAGAAAAACAGAGAAAAAACAAAAAACAAAAAAAAAAAAAAACAAGAAAAUAACCAAGAGGACGUGUUCGCCGGGUAAUCUGCCAUCUAUGUGAAACACUUUCAAACCAAGGAAAUUUAAGAUCUUCAUCAAGACGUCUGCAUCCAAACAUUUAACAAAGGAUUUUGUUUCGACAAUGUAGCAUUUAC